AUGCCAGAGCUGCUCUCCUCCGCGGCCUCUGGCCGCCCGGCUGGCCUCGUGACGUUCCGGCCUCGGGUCCAUCGAGCGUCUGUCAGCUCCAAGCUGAGCAAGGCCACCUCGAUUUUCCGAAGUGGCACCGACCCCGGGCAGGGGAGGCCUGGGGCCAGGGCCACUGGCGCCUCCAUGAACAUUUCUGUGGCCAUAACGCCGGCCCUCCCAGGCAAAGCUUCCCCACCCGGUUCACGCAGAGAGCAGCAGGGGCCGCUUCUGACUCGGCCCCCACCCGGGACUUGCUGGAAGCCCGCGCGCUGCACAGCUGCACACAUCUGGAACCUCGCCCGGCUGGAGCCCGAGGGGCGCGCCGGGACCUCCAAAACCUGUGCGCCCGGAGACAUCAGGGCGGCCACAGGCCUCUCCUCCGCCCCGCCGCGGCCCUUCGGCUCCUGCCCGCGCGCCCAGGAGCGCUGA